AUGACUCCACCACCAUCAAAGAGAUCGCGUAUGUUCAUGAUCAACAAUCUGCUUGAUCAACAGCUUGGCGGUGGUGAUUUUUUUAAGCAUUUGGGGGAAGAAACCAAGAUCACCCGGAAAUUUAACCUUACGAAACUAUCUACUAAAUUUUUAAUACAUGGAUUGCCUGAUGAACCAGAGGGGCUUUUAAAAGAAAUUUUUCAGCGAUGUAUUGACCAAACUCUAGAAACUAGCCAUGAUCAUCAACUUGAUCCUGACCAACUUGGAUGUACAGUGAGUAGUCAGUUAUUGGAAACUGACAUUUGGAUCCCGAUCAGGGACAUCACCAACAACACAGUCGACGCUAUAUUAAAUCAAUUCCUAAAGGUGGCUCAAUCAAAGAAGCAAGAUAAUGGCAUACUUUGGGGUGAGCCAUUUAAUGUUUCAGUUACCUGUAUUGACAAGAAAAAUAUUCAACAUAUACGUACUAUCCGAGGCAGCGGCAAAGCUUCGACAAUUCAACAUAAAGUUAAAGACUGCAAUCUUAUUAAAAUUAAUAAUUCUGACAACUACUGUUUAUUUCAUUCACUAUCUGCUACUUUCAAGAGGCAUGACACAUCAACUCGAGAAAGAUGCUAUAGAACUUAUGAAUAUAAUUAA